AUGCUAUUCCAUGUCAUUCUAACUGUAUCGUCCAGUCUGACAAUACUCAUCAACCGCCGGGACAGACAGUCAGUCCGGAGAUCAAGGAAAAAUCCCAGUGAGCGGUUACGGAAGUUGGAUAAGGUCUCGCCAAUUUGCACGCUCGAGAACUGGUGGACGACCACGAAAGGGAACCUCGGAUUAUCUGAGGCCGUCGAUGGAGAAUUCAUUUGGUAUGUGUAUUCUGCUUUGCUGGUGGAGUGGCGGCUGACAUUUUGUUCAGCGCUGUUUGUUUGGAGCAAGUAG